GCUUGAAGUCAAGAAACAAGCAACAGGUGCGUGAAAUACGUAGAAACAUAUUAGCUAACAUGUCGACAAUUGUGCGUAAACUUAUCAGCACUGCAAACGCAGCCAAGCCGGUGGCGCCAUACAAUCAAGCUGUUGUUGCCGAUCGCACUGUUUAUGUGUCUGGCUGUUUGGGACUGGACAAGUCAACUAUGAAGCUGGUGCCAGGUGGCGCCACUGAGCAAACAGAGAUGGCGCUCAAAAAUCUGGAGGCGGUGCUGAAAGCAGCCGAUUCUGGCGUCGAUAAGGUCAUCAAGAACACCGUCUUCUUGAAAGAUCUCAACGACUUUGGUGCGGUCAACGAAGUGUACAAACGAGUGUUCAAUAAGGAUUUCCCUGCCCGUAGCUGCUUCCAGGUGGCCAAACUGCCAAUGGAUGCCCUCGUCGAGAUUGAGUGCAUCGCUCUCACUGGAAACAUCCACACCGUGACCACUGAAUAGCCAUCAAAGGGAUCCAAGCUGUGAACGUAAACAACACAAUAAGAAAUUCCAAACGCCAAAGCAAAACUAAUAAAACCUCAAAUUAAAGUCAAA